AUGUCUCUUUGGUCAACUCUCUAUCAAAACCUGUUAACCACCCAGUAUUACUGCAAUCAACCCACAACCACCCUUCUCGUGUUCUUCCUCAUCUCCGCAGUUAUUUGGUACGCAUGCCUCAAACCCAAGGCCCAAAACCUACCACCCGGCCCUCCGGGCCUCCCUUUCUUCGGGAACCUUCUAUCUCUUGACCCUCAGCUUCACACUUACUUCGCCAGCUUGGCCCAGAUCUACGGCCCCAAUUUCAAGCUCCGACUCGGGAGCAAGCUCGCCAUCGUCAUAACUUCACCCGCCGUGGCUCGCGAGGUUCUCAAAGACCACGACACCGUUUUCGCCAACCACGAUGUCCCCGCUGCCGGCAGGGUUGCUAGCUACGGCGGCUCCGACAUAGUGUGGACCCCCUACGGAGCCGAAUGGCGGAUGCUGAGGAAAGUGUGCGUGAUGAAGAUGCUGAGCAAUACCACCCUGGAUUCCGUUUAUGAUCUCCGCUGCAACGAGAUGCGCAAAACGGUGUCGUACUUGCACGGUCGAGUGGGGAGCGAUGUAAACGUGGGGGAGCAGGUGUUUUUGACGGUGAUGAAUGUGAUAACCAGCAUGAUAUGGGGCGCGGAGGUGGAAGGGGCGGAGAGGGAAACUUUGGGGGCAGAGUUCAGGGAGUUGGUGGCGGAAACAACGCAGCUUCUUGGGAAGCCCAAUGUUUCGGAUUUUUUUCCCGGGCUGGCCCGGUUCGAUUUGCAAGGUGUGGAGAAAGAGAUGCAGGUGUUGGUGUCACGGUUCGAUAGGAUAUUUGAAAGGGUGAUUGGCGAACGAGUGAAGGUGGAUGGAGAAGAUGAAAGAAAGGAUUUUCUGCAUUUUUUGUUGAAGUUGAAGGACGAAAGCAGUGAUUCCAAUACGCCACUUACCAUCUCCCACGUGAAGGCUCUUCUCAUGGAUAUGGUUACGGGGGGAACGGACACUUCUUCAAACACAAUAGAGUUUGCAAUGGCAGAAAUGAUGCAGAAUCCAGAGAUAAUGAAGAGAGCCCAAGAGGAGUUGGAAGGUGUGGUUGGGAAGGAUAACGUGGUAGAAGAAUCUCACAUUCACGAGUUGACCUACUUGCAAGCUGUGAUGAAAGAAACUCUUCGACUGCACCCUGUGCUGCCACUUCUAGUACCCCAUUGCCCCACUGAAACCACCAAUGUUGGAGGCUACACAAUUCCAAAGGGGUCUCGAGUGUUCGUUAAUGUCUGGGCUAUUCAUAGAGAUCCUUCCAUUUGGGAAAAACCACUCCAAUUUGACCCUACAAGGUUCUUAGAUGCAAAGUGGGAUUUCAGUGGCAACGACUUCAAUUAUUUCCCCUUCGGAUCUGGAAGAAGAAUUUGUGCAGGGAUAGCAAUGGCUGAGAGAACAGUUCUAUAUUUUCUUGCAACACUAAUACACUUAUUUGAUUGGACAAUACCCCACGGACAAAGCUUGGAUGCAUCAGAAAAAUUUGGUAUUGUUCUCAAAAAGAAAAUACCUCUUGUUGCCAUCCCCACCCCACGCUCAUCCAACCCAAACCUCUAUAAUUGA